AUGUUAUUUUUGCAGCAUGCGACGCCGUGUACCGCAACGGGCAAGUCGCCAGCUGAGCUGCUCUUGGGUAGGAGACUGGUAACGGUGCUGGAUUAUGUCCACCCGGAUAAAAUGCCAAACCAUAAUUCAAGAGCAACCCCCCAGGCUGAGACUGACACAACAAGGUAUCUCGCCCCUGAAGAUCUGGUCUGGGUGAGGAACUAUUCACGAGGUUCGCGGUGGGUGGCUGGUGUGGUCACCCGGGCUAGUGGACCUGUGUCCUAUUAUGUGACCUUGGAAAAUGGGCAAGUGUGGAAGAGACAUAUAGAUCAGCUGAGGCGCCGGGCGCUCAGCAGGGAGGAGCCAGAUAAUUCAUCCCAGGCUAACGACGCAGAGCCGCAAGACCAGAGUGAAAAUGGCCCAGAGGUGCAAUCACCAGGGGCUUUAACAAAUGAACCAGGGUCUGCUAGUCCUCACGAUGACGAGGUGCAGAUAGGGGACCCUGAGAUGUCGGGGACUCCAUCUGUUCCUGACGAAACCCUUAGAGCAGCCCCUCUACCACAGGUAACACCUAAUCCAGAACCUGCAACACCUGUUGUCAGGAGAUCAAGUAGAAGUUGUAGGCCCCCAGUACCUGAGAGAUUACGUCUGCUGUGCUCACUAGGGGGGAAGGGGUGUUGUGUAUUGAGUCAAAGGAUUUUAUAUCUGUAUUAUUAUUGUCUGUAUCUGCAUUAGGGUAAAGUAACUGCCUUUUGGUUCCAGAGGGUACAGCUACUAUUGGUUCAUUUAAGCUGCUGUAUUUGGAUCCUCUGUCUUAUUGGUUCCCUCCAAAAGGCAGGACUGUGAUUGCCUGAUAUUGUUCCCUCCAAAAUGUAUCCUUUCUUGCUAGUUCCCUGUCCCUAUAAAGGUAGCUUUCCUCUCCCCCAGUCUUGA